AUGAUAGAGCCGCGGCGAAAGCACGGCGAGUUGUCCUGUUGCAAACGUCUGAAGAAGACUAGGAUCUGUGUUGAUGAUGCCAGUACCAACGCUUGGAGAGAGACCUGGCACGACUCGAAGGUCAUAAUGAGCAACCCGAUUCUGGACCAAGCGUUCGAGAAGCACGUCCAGGACUACCUGUGCUCAGAGUCCUAUGACUUCGUCAAGGAGGUGGAGCGAUACGUUACACACGCAGAGAAUGAAUCAGCUGCAGAACUGUUCGUCCACUUCCGAAGAAUCGUCGACAAGUACAUUGUCUCGGGGUCGGAGCUGGAACUGAACAUCGAGAACGCCAUGCGAAAUAAAGUGCUCGAGAUCGGGGAAAGGAUGAUAUUUGUGGAGGCUGGGAUGGAACGGCAGAGAGGUAUCUUCAACCCUCCGAAGGAAGAAGCGCACAAGAUUCUCGAUGACAAUCUCCUCCAGUCGUUUUUGACCAGCCGGAAUUUUCUCGACGCCUGCCUACGUUGGCAGGAAGUGCAAGCCGCAGGAUAG